UGUAGCUCCCGACUGUGGUCAUGAGGAGGCGAUGUGCUGAAGCCCAGCACGUGCAGUAUCACUUCUCCUGUAUUUUAGAGAGGUGACGGAAGAGUUGCCGAGAGACGGUGUUGCAACUUUCCCUCCGCAAGAACACCGGCCAGGGUUUAGACUUUGUCUCACAUGAUCUUGUUUUCGGGAUAUUAUUAUGAAGAAAACAUAAAGAUAUUGGGGGGUGGGCAGCUGAAGGAGCCGUUUGGUUUCCGGGUUAAAAUGUUAUGAGAUAUAUGCUUAUUCAAGAUGCAGCAUAGCCGUAGUAGUUGAACAUUAUCCAAAUCUUUAAAACGAAGUUUUGUUUUCGUUUUUUUUUUUUUUUUUGUAAAGUUGCAUUUACUGGCUGUAUAAGAAAACACUUUUCUUUUGUGAGGUAUCGUCUACGGUCUACUUUGGUUUUUUUUUAACUGCAGUCGUUUUUUCUUUCUUUAUUUUUUUAUUUUUUGUUGUUCUAACCCGGUAAGCUUUGACAAAUACAGUAAAAAUAUUCUGCACAGCCUGAACGCGUUUACAAAGCUGUAUAUUUUCUGUUUUACUUUUACAAAGAUAAAAGCUGGGUUUUUGUUGAAAAACAUUCACAGUUUUACACCAGAACGAAGCAAUGGCUGUUCUCCGAACAGAAGUGUUUUUGUACGAGCGAGCUGUUAUUUUGAUUUCGUGCUUCUUAUCUUUUUUGGGCUCCUGUUUAAUCAUAUUUACUUACAUGCUCUGGGCUGAUUUAAGAACUAAACCGAGGAAACUGCUGGUUUUCCUAUCGGUUGCCGAUUUGCUGUCUGCGGUUUCUUACUUUUACGGAGUUUUGAGGGAUUUUGAUUCGGAUUCCUGGGACUGCGUGCUUCAAGGGUCUGUGUCUACAUUUGCAAACACAAGCUCGUUUUUCUGGACUGUCGCUGUAGCCAUCUACUUGUAUAUUUUCAUUGUGAGAUCUGACCAGAGGACGGCAAACGGCUUGCUUUUGUGGUUUCACAUCAUCAGCUGGUGCGUUCCUCUGGGGAUCACCAUAGCAGCAGUGUCCCUGCAGAAGAUUGGCUAUGAUGCCUCCAACGUGUCCGUGGGCUGGUGCUGGGUCAGUAUCAACGCCAGCGACCAAAUUCUCUGGAUGCUGCUCACAGGAAAAGUCUGGGAAAUCUUGGCUUACAUCACUCUCCCUAUCCUUUACAUCCUAAUCAAAAAGCACAUUAAAACUGCGCACGCCGCUCUGUCGGAGUACAGGCCCAUCCUGGCUGCUAACCCCAUGUCUCAGUUCCAAUCCUCCAUGGCGGACACGAAGUUAACGCUCAUCCCUGUCAUUUUCAUCACCCUGCGAAUCUGGAGCACCAUCCGCUUCGUCCUCACCCUCGCCGAGUCCCCUGCGGUGCAGAACCCGAUGCUCGUAAUCCUGCAUGGAGUUGGAAACACGUUUCAGGGAGGCGCCAACUGCAUCAUGUUUGUCCUCUGCACCCAGGUGGUGCGAUCGCGGCUGGCGUCCGCGCUGUGCUGCUGCAGGUACGAGGCUGGCAGUACCUGCUGCAGGGGAUCCGAUAGCAACCAGCAGCCUGUCGAGACACCACGCACAGACGAGCUGCCUGUCUGCCUGGGCUGAAGAGCAAUGACCAGAAUGUUUAUUAACUAGCAGGACACACACAGCAGUGUACUAGCAAGUUGAGCACACAGCGGAGUGCCUUAAAGACAAGGUUGUACUGUACUGUACCGCACUGAGCGACGCACACAUAUGCAAAGGGGGGGGUUGGGCUUUAUUUAAAAAAUGAAUACGCUUGUACUGUAUCACACUACCAGGUAAUAAUGCUGCAUUAGAACCUUACUCGUUCCCCUCUUAGAAUUAGUCAUAUCGCGCCUAUGUGGUUGGCGUGCUCCAUUUAAAGGUGCCACUGUUUGUAUUGGGUCAUUUGCAUUGAAUUUUCGUCUAUUCUGCAAAAUGUUUUUCAAGUAAAUCUUGCUGUGAAAUGCAAGCCUCUUGGUCGAUUUGGAAUUAAAGGAGAAUUUGGAAGUUUCAAAAUUACAGUAUUUUUUGCAUUAAAAAAAAAAAAAAAAAAACUGUACCCAAAUUCAGCACCCUACCUCGGCUGGAAAAGCCACAGUAUAUACCCUUUAUGCCAGCUCUGUACAAAAUAAUUUUUGAUGUUUUGGAUUUUUUUAAGUCAAUGUUAUGUUACUCCAUAGUGCAUUCUGUAGUUCAUUUGUAAAGAGUAACAUGAGAGGCACAGGGCUCUUGACCAGGCAAGUGGCUUUUAUAUUCAGCUUUAAAGGGUUACCAAGUGAUUGUACUUGAGAGAAUGUGUUUAUUGGUGGAGGGAUGUCUUUUAUAACACGAUGGCUCUUUCAAAACAUAUGUAGCUUUCACAUCCCUCUUCCCAACAUAAAAAUGAAAACUGUUCAGGACUUGUACUUUUAAAAGCCUAAAUACAAAUCUGAAAACCUGAA